ACAGGGCGACCUGGUAACUGACAGUUUCUGAAAGAAAGGAGUGUCCAUUUAUUGCUAAUAGCAGAGUGAAGGGGAUAUUCAAGUAAAACGAGAUUGUGUAUUGUCAACCAGAAGCUUACCCCUAUGCAACGUUUGACUUCUAUAGCAACAAGGUCUCACCAUCUGAACCAUAAUGAAUUUGGCUUGUCUCAACCAGAAAACCAUAAUAAUAUUUCUGUCGCUUCUUAUUCUGCUGUCCUUUUUCUGGAAUUUUGUGGAUAUAACUAGAAGAAAUGCAAUAUGUGCAGGAAAGACAGUGAUACAGGAAAAAUCGAUCCAGAAUAUAACAGAGAAAGAGGUCAUUCCCAAUCUGAAGAAAGAGAAAGAGGUUCUCAUCCUGAUUUGGCACUGGCCUUGGGGAUACACUUUCCCAUUAGACAGGUGCCACCAAGAUUUUGGUUUUCCUGGCUGCAAGAUGACAACAGACAGGAGUCUAUAUAGCGUUGCUGAUGGUGUUAUUAUACAUCAUGUGGAGAUAAUGUAUAACAAAAACCUAUUGCCUCAACAGCCACGACCUAUUUUCCAAUACUGGGUGUGGGCCAAUGUGGAGCCACCACUGAUUAUCAAAAACGUGGACAUGUUGGACAAUUUGUUCAACAUGACACUGACGUUUCGUCAGGAUUCCGAUGUUUUUGUCCCAUAUGGUCAGAUCGAAACACUAAAGGAGCCGCAAAGCUUUACAAUUCCCGAAAAAUCCAAACUAGUGGCCUGGGUGGUAAGCAAGUGGUAUCCAGGUGUCCGAAGAAGUGCUUAUUAUGAGGAACUAAAAGAAUAUAUUCCUAUUGAUAUUUAUGGGGCUAAACACACAAAGCUCAGCUGGGACAAUUUCCAUUCUACUAUAUCUCAGUACAAAUUUUACUUGGCCUUCGAAAAUUCUAAUUACAAGGAUUACAUUACUGAGAAAUUGUGGUCAAAUGCUUUUGGCUCCUGGGCUGUGCCAGUUGUGUUGGGUACUUCACGGGAAAACUAUGAACGUUUUAUCCCAGGCGAUGCCUUCAUUCAUGUCGAUGACUUUCCAAGUGCCAAGGAGCUGGCUGACUAUCUCCUUGAGUUAGACAAAGAUGACGAGAAGUACCACAAGUAUUUUAAUUGGAGGUCUCACUACCGUGUAAAUAUACUGAUUGAUUGGCAAUAUAGAUACUGUCAAGCUUGUGAAGUAAUAAGAAAAGCACCAAAAUACCAGAUCCUUCACAGUGUGGCCAAAUGGUUUAUGAAGGAAUUUUGAAGCUAGUUGCAGGGUCUAGUAUGAAAAAAAAUAAAAAAUGCCUGCAA